AUGGAGCGAAGCGGCCUGGAGAUGGAUCUCCCUGGGUUUAGAUUCCAUCCGACGGAGGAAGAGCUGCUGGACUUCUACCUCCGGCGCAUGGUGCAGGGGAAGAAGCUUCAGCUUGAGAUCAUCUCCACCAUCAAUCUCUAUCACUACGAUCCCUGGGAGCUCCCAGGGAUGGCCAAGAUCGGGGAGAGAGAGUGGUACUUCUACGUCCCAAGAGACCGCCGACAAGCCAGCGGCGGGAGGCCGAGCAGGACAACCGAGCGGGGAUUUUGGAAAGCCACCGGAUGCGAGCGGCCGGUGCGCAGCGCCGCCGACCCGAAGCGACUCAUCGGCUACAAGAAGACCCUGGUGUACUACCAGGGCCGGGCGCCUCGAGGAUCCAAGACCGACUGGGUCAUGAACGAGUACCGCCUCCCCGACCCGCUGCUGAAGGAUGUGGUGCUAUGCAAGGUGUACAGGAAGCCGGCGUCUAUGAAGGAGCUGGAGAAACGGGCGGCGGCCAUGGAAGGGGAGACGACGAUGACGGUGUCGCAGAAUUCUGGGUCGACGGCCGAGUCGGCGUCCGGCUCGUACCAGGAGAGGUUGCUGCAGGAAUCGAUCACGGCGGUGGACGACGUUAUCGUCAUCGAGGAUGCAUCGGAUGUAGUUGUUGUGAUCGGUGACGAGGCGGAGGAGGAGGUGGAUGCUUCCACCGCGUCGAACAGAAGGCCGAGUCUGCUCGAGUUGGAGGUUCCGAAGAACAGCGAGCUGGAGUGGUUGCAGGACUCGUUCUUCACUCAGCUGACAAGCCCAUGGCUGGAAUAUUGGUCUCCUUAUUAUGAUACUAUGCUCAACCGCUAAAGCUUCAGCACAUCAAUAGAGCGGAAGAUUUGAGGGGGAGGAAGAAGAUUAUGAUAUAAAAAAUAACAUAGUCUA